CUUGCGCAGCACAUGAGUGAGGAAAACAGUGAAGUGUGUGUGUUUGUGUGUGUGAGAGUGUGUUUAAGAAGGAGGAGAAGGGCUUUCUGAGCUCUGUUCCACUUUAACACACUAACACUUCUGCUUAGAGACCCCCCGGAGACCCGCAGGGUGCAGCCUAACCGCUGACCAUGAGUCAGGCUCGGGUAUAUCGGCGCUCAGCGGCGCUGCUGAGGCUGUGUUUAAUAAUGUGCGUCACUUUGCUGAGUAACUCUGCCGCUGAGGGGAACCUGAACCUGAACUGGUACCGCAAACCCAACAUAGUCCUGAUCCUCACUGAUGACCUGGACGUGUCCAUGGGCGGUAUGAUCCCCUUAAAUAAAACCAGAAAACUCAUCGGGGAGGCUGGAAUCACCUUUACUAACACGUUUGUAGCCAGUCCCCUGUGCUGCCCCAGCAGAGCUAGCAUACUCACAGGCAAAUAUCCUCACAAUCACCAUGUGAUCAAUAACACGCUGGAGGGAAACUGCAGCAGUGACGCCUGGCAGAAGACCCAGGAGCCUGAAACCUUCCCAGCUAUACUGCAGAAAUAUGGCUACUACCAGACCUUUUUUGCUGGGAAGUAUCUCAACGAGUAUGGUAACAAACAGGCUGGUGGAGUGGAGCAUGUUCCCCCAGGCUGGGACUACUGGUUUGCACUGGAAAGAAACUCUAAAUACUACAACUACACAUUGUCUGUGAAUGGCAAAGCACAGAGACAUGGACAGAACUACAGUGAGGACUACCUUACUGAUGUUUUGGCCAACGUCUCUAUAGACUUCCUUCAAUACAAGUCUAACUACAGACCGUUCUUCAUGAUGGUGUCUACACCGGCCCCUCACUCCCCCUGGACUGCUGCCCCUCAGUACGAGGGACAGUUUACCAAAGUCAAAGCUCCCAGAGAUCCUAACUUUAAUGUUCACGGCAAAGAUAAGCACUGGCUAGUCCGGCAAGCCAAAACUCCUAUGGCAAACUCUUCUGUGGAGUACCUAGACAAUGCUUACAGAAGGAGGUGGCGGACUCUCCUGUCUGUAGAUGAUCUGGUGGAAAAGGUGGUGAAGAAACUGGAGGUUCGAGGAGAGCUGGAGAACACCUACAUCAUUUUCACCUCAGACAAUGGCUACCAUACAGGCCAGUUUUCUAUGCCUCUGGAUAAGAGGCAGCUGUAUGAGUUUGAUAUCCGCGUUCCUCUGCUGGUACGAGGACCCGACAUCAAGCCCAACCAAACCAGCUCGUUACUCGUGGCUAAUAUAGAUUUGGGGCCAACUAUCGUGGACAUGGCUGGAUGGGACGUCAAUAAGACCAAGAUGGAUGGGAUGUCCUUUCUACCAAUUAUGACUGGGAAGGCAAACAGCAGCACAUGGAGGUCAGAUUUUCUGGUGGAGUAUGAGGGAGAGGGACACAACGUCUCAGACCCAGCCUGCCCUAUCCUCGGUCCAGGAGUCUCAGAGUGUUUCCCUGAUUGUGUGUGUGAGGACUCCUAUAACAACACUUACGCCUGCGUUCGCACCGUGUCUCCAGCUGCCAACCUCCAGUACUGCGAGUUUGAUGAUAAUGAGGUGUUUGUGGAGGUCUACAACCUAACAGCAGACCCCUUCCAGCUCACGAACAUUGCCAAGACCAUCGACCAGGAGGUCCUAGAGAAGAUGAACCAUCGCCUGAUGAUGCUGCAGUCAUGCUCAGGACAGUCCUGCAGAACUCCAGGAGUCUAUGACUCAAGGUUUAAGUUUGAUCCUCGUUUGAUGUUCGGCAGCCUCAGUCCACACAUCAGCAGACUGCGGCAGACGCUGAAGUAAAGAGCGAAGGACCCUAAAAGCCUGUCCUGCUGUUGCCUUUGUGUCCUGAUCAUUCCCUCGAGGACAAGCCAGUCUCUCCAAAGGAUAUGGUCACUAAACUUCAGGGGGUGUUGCCCCAUUUCAAACCACUUUCUGAGAGGGUUGCACUUUUCUGCACAGCAAGUGUCUCUCUUUCUUUCUGUCGUUUUCUCUCUCUUUAUUUCUUUCUCUCUCUUUCAUUUUGCAUUUUCGAGAUUAACAACCUAACCCAUAUUUUGGCCUCUGUAUGAGGUGGGGUUGGCAGGGAUAGGGGAGGUUUGGAUUGAUUUUAAAUUAUCAGUUUCAUUUUUUUUGUUUUGUUUUGUUUUUAUUUAUUUACGUGUUUUAACAUGAAAGGUCACUUGAUAGUUGGGAUUUGUUGCAUUGUCUGGGCAGAUACAUAUUGAUUCAUUCUCUAAUCUUCAUUUCUAACUAUUUGUGUUUAGUCAAUACAAAGUUUGUAGGCCAUAUAUUUUUACCAUUUUCAACAUGUUUGAUGCUGCACAUAUGGAAGAUAUGCUUAAGAUUUUGAUGUUGGAGGUAAAAGCCAAAGUUUAAAUGACUGUUUUAGCUCCAUUAUUUUCAAUGAUCAUUGGAUAUACAGUCUUACGAUCAGGGUUCCCAAAAGAACCGUUAUUUUUAUGAGAUGGAUGAUAUAUAGAUAAUGUUGAUCCUCUGAGAUCUAAUUCUGUAAUUAUUGAUAGACUACCGGUAUUAACUUUUAAAUUGAAGGUGCCACUUAGGCUUUUUGGGAUGAUGCCAUAGAACAGUGUUUUGUCACCCAGCUCUUCUAUGCUCCAAACACACCUGAUUGAAAAAAUAAUUGGCUCUGUAAAAACUUUGGGGGUGUAUUCAAGCAGGUAAUUCACUGAACUUUGCAGGACCAGGGUUGAGAAACACUGCAAAAGAACCAAUUCUGUUUUGGGAGAAAAGCAAGAACUAAUGUAAUGGUUUGCCUGAGAGUCUUUACUUUAUUUAGAAACCUUAAUUGCUUAAACAACUAAUUUACCAGAGAUGUUUCAAUAAAGAUCCAACCAUUUCAAACCCUGAUCCUGUAGAACUAAGCCCUGCCCUCGUGGUUCUGCUCCAACACAACACUGUCAGAUCAGCAAGGACCUGUUUUUAGCCUAUUUGCUGAAUUAGGUGUGUUUAGAACUGGUGCUAAUUCAACCGCAUGCAAUGCAGAUUUAAUUGUUUUCUCAGCUCUAGAGUACGGAACCAAAACUGUUUUAUUACAAAUGAUCUCAGUGCUGGUCUUGGUGUAGCACUGCCCUACAGGCCUUAGAGUUUCCCCUAAUCCAAACACACCUGAUUUGACUAGUGAACUAAAUAGUGAACCCUUGCUGGAAAAAAAAUCUGGGUGCGUAACAGAAAGAAUUAUGAAACGCUGUUCUAUGGCAUUGUGUGAAAAGCCCUUUAAGAGGAAUACAAGAAUUCUCAAAAGGUCUUACCCUGAUUCCACCUGUUUAAACCUCACUGGCCCUUUGCAUAUGAUAUUGGACACUCUUGCACUAAUUGCAUAUUCAUUUAAGGCAGACAUUUUCAAUCCUGGUGUUGAAGGCACCCUGCCCUGCAAAUAUUUAUGCUUUUCCUGCUCCCCCAUCACACCUGAUUCAACUAAUCGACUCAUUAACAAGCCCUUUCAGAGUUGAACAGGUUGUGUUAAAGCAGGGAAACCCUUAAAUUGUGCAGAGCCAUGAAGUCUACAUCAGUAGAGUGACCCUCAAAUCUUUAGAAUGUAGGCUGCAUUUUUCAGCUGUAAUAUGAAGUAUCCUUCAGUUUGGAACAGCCUUCUGUUUUGUAGCAGCUGAGAAAUGCAGCCUUGAUUUCUUGAUCUACUGUAACAUGCCUACUUUUAACCAGUCGCUACAGUGUCACUUCUCAAAUAGAGCUGGCGGAGGUUUAUGAAUGAUAUCAAACCCUUUAGUUCAGCUGUGAACGACCCCAAGGUGAAACAUUACAGUACCGUAUUUUUCGCACUAUAAUUCACACCAGAUUAUAAGGCACACUAUCAAUAAACACUUUUUUUUAUACACAAGGCACACCGGACUAUAAGACGUACUUUAAAUGGCACCUAAAAUGGCGCAAAAACAUUUUCAGACAAGUCAAACCAGUGCUGGAUGUUAAUCUAUAUCGAUUUUUCUAAAAGCUUAGAUUUUAAGAUUUCUGCUAAGGCUGGAGCAUUAGCAUUUGCGGCUAGCCGCUAAUGCCGCCUAACUGCUGCCUGACAGCGCCACACUGAGGAACUCUAAGUGUUCUGGUAAACCAGGGCGAUAUUAGCUAAUGGUUCGUCGCACAUAGAAUAGCUUGUUUUAAAACGGUAAACACACAGGCUACAGGCUGAUAAUACUCACUUUUCAAUGGCAAAAUGGCUAGCACAGUUAGCGAGUAAUGCUAACACUGCUCCAGCAGUCUUAGCCGGGGUAAGCAGCAAGCUACAGGCUGAUAAUACUCACCUCUGAACUGACAAAAAAAUAAACAGACAAACGCUUAACAGAUAAUGCUAAUACUGCUAGAGAACUAAACUGAAACUCGUGUAUAACGCUGCACUUAAGCAGAGUGGCUUUACUGCUCCUUACAACCUGACCAGUAAAAUGCAUACACAAGGCGCACUUGAUUAAAAGGCGAACUGAUGAUUUUUGGGAAAAUUUAAGUAUUUAGUGCACCUUUAUAGUGCUAAAAAUAUGGUAAAACGCUUGGCCAUAAACAAGCCAAGGUGUUCACCAUCUCAUCUCACUACCUACCUAUGAACCAAUGUGAAUUACUCUCGACUCUCUUUUUUAUGAAUAAGAAAUGACUAUUUUACUAUGAGGGAAAUGAAGGGGAUAUGUAAAGCUGAGUUGCUUUAAUCAUUAAAGUUGUUAGCAACAGUAUUUUCAAUAAAUGAGGGAAACAUUUCCACUUUGGACUAUUAUAAUAAAUAUUGGAAGCCCAGUGUAGCCUAUUGAUGCUGUAUUUUUCACAUUACAGCAUCAACCUAUACUUGUUUAAAAGAAGGGUGUAACUGAUUUUUUUUUGUUGCCUUUAGUUUGUGUAGGAAUUCUUUGUUACAGCUGCCUAUACAUAAAAAUAACCAACAACAAAAAAUGUUCCUGAAACACUUCUUUCACUGAGGCACUUUUCAGGUCCGUGAUAAUAGCUAUCAGUGUUUUGUUUUGCACAUAAUUCUAGCAUUUCUUCGUGUGAUUGAGAGUUUCUUUUUUCCUGUAGUUUAUGUAUGCAAGUAUUGAGUUUAAUCAAUAAAACCAAUGUGAACUUA